AUGGCUGUCCCGUUUGGACUCUCGACGACGAUGUACAUCACACUCACCGACGGCCAGAGCGUCACGAUUCUCUACGGGUGGAUCUUCGUCUCGAUUGUAUCGCUUAGCAUCGCAGCAUCGCUGGCGGAGAUUUGCGCUGUGUAUCCCACCGCGGGUGGUGUGUACUACUGGAGUGCCAUGCUGAGUACGCGGGAAUGGGCGCCGAUUGCUAGUUGGGUGACGGGCUGGCUGACACUGGUGGGAAACUGGACGGUUACGCUGUCGAUUUGCUUCUCCGGCGGGCAACUGAUUCUCUCAGCCAUUACACUUUGGAACGAGGAUUUCGUGGCGAAUCAGUGGCAGACUGUGCUCACGUUUUGGGCUGUCAUGCUGAUUUGCAUGGGUGUGAAUAUUUUUGGCGCAAAGUAUUUGGACUUGAUCAACAAGGUCUGCAUUUACUGGACUGCGAGUAGUGUGGUCAUCAUUUUGAUCACGUUGCUUACUAUGGCUGAUAAUAAGAGGGAUGCGAAAUUCGUGUUCACGCAUUACGAUGCUAGUGCGAGUGGAUGGCCAUCCGGAUGGGCGUUCUUCGUCGGACUCUUGCAAGCUGCAUACACGCUCACAGGGUACGGCAUGGUCGCUUCUAUGUGCGAAGAAGUCGCUUUUCCCGAACGCGAGGUCCCCAAGGCUAUUGUGCUCUCUGUCCUUGCUGCUGGAAUCACUGGUGUCAUUUACCUCAUCCCGAUUCUUUUCGUUCUCCCGGAUGUGCAAACACUCCUCGGCGUCGCCAACGGCCAACCCAUCGGUCUUCUUUUCAAAACUGUGACCGGGUCGGCAGCCGGCGGAUUCGGGCUGCUGUUCCUGAUCCUGGGUAUUCUUUUCUUCGCAGGCAUUGGAGCACUCACCGCAGCAUCCCGCUGCACAUACGCCUUUGCGCGCGAUGGCGCCAUCCCCGGAUCUAACAUCUGGAAGAAGGUCGAUAAGCGCUUUGAUAUCCCGCUCAUGGCGCUCGUCCUCUCCACAGCUGUUGACAUGCUUCUUGGCCUCAUCUACUUUGGCAGCUCAGCGGCGUUCAACUCGUUCACAGGUGUUGCGACGAUCUGUUUGUCAACAUCCUACGGCAUGCCCAUUCUGAUCUCUGUUUUGCGUGGCCGAAACGCCGUCAAGAACUCGUCGUACUCCCUGGGUCGCUUCGGGUACUUCAUCAACGUUGCCACGCUUGCGUGGAUUUGUCUUGCAGUCGUACUGUUUUGCAUGCCGGUUAGCUUGCCCGUCGCUCCUGCAACGAUGAACUACGCGAGUGUAGUUUUCGCGGGCUUUGCGCUGAUCAGUUUGGCGUGGUACUUCAUAAGUGGCAGGAAGAACUUCACAGGGCCGCCAGUGCCGACGGAUGUUGCGCCGGGCGAGGAGGUGCCUGUUGCAGGGCUGGCUGUUGUCGAGAGUCGGCAAGAUAGGAAUGGAGAUGUGGAGGCCAAGGGAAAGAAGAUGUAG